AUGAGAAAAAACUCUACCUCAAAAAAUGCAAGAUUAUUAUCACAAUUAGAAGAAAUUCCAUGCAUGUCCAAUGAAACAAAUGCAGCAGAAAACAAUGCUAAUUUAUCUAAUGAUACAAUUCCUUUCAAGACAGAAAUUCAAACAUUUAUGAAUGAUACUUAUAAUGAAUUUGAAUUUUAUCUUCAAGAUGAUAAAAUUGCUAAUUCAACAGAAAAAUGUCAAAAGGUAUCUACAUACAUAGAUUGGAGAGGCAUGGAUUAUGUUAAUUUGCUAUUAAGUAAAAAAGAAAAUUAUAAUAUCUCAUGCCUCGUUGAAGAUUGGAAUAAAAAACAAAAUUCUUUUGAAACACAUAUACUUACAGAAACAAAUUCAACAUGUAAUAUUGGAAAGUUUCAUUAUUGUCCUAUUUUGAAUAAAAGUAAUAACUGCACUAGCCCUUAUGAAAAUAAAGAUCUACCAAUAAGAACAUCAUUAACAUAUGAUCAACUCAAUGAUGGUAUAUAUUAUAUUAAUAAAUCUCAAAUUAUUGAUCAAAGACGGACUAUGUUUUACAAUCUUACUUAUGAUAUAUCUAAUUACUAUUUUGAUGCAUAUCAUAAAGAUAGAUCUGAACUUAAUUGUGCAAAGUGGAGUAUGUAUAUAUAUAAGAGAGGGAAGCUAUUUAUUAAUAUGAAUAACAAUGAAAUUCAUUCCGAAGAGAUUUAUAGACAGGAUUCUAUUAAUACAUGGAAUACUUUUAGUAGGGAUUUGGAAACUUAUACAUUAGAUCUGACAAGUAAUCAAUGUAAUAUGACAGAGUUAAUUCAUAAAAUUAAAGGGAGAGAAAGUUCAAAUAAUCCAUAUGAUUUAGCAUGGGUUCAUUCAGAUAACAAUAUUAAUGGAUCAAAUCUAACUUCAGAUGUUUCAACUCCAUUACCAGAUAACUUCCAAUCUACAAAUAGAAUUUCCAAUGUUCCAUAUAUUGUUUCUGCGACGAAUUCAAUAGAUAAUAAUACAGGUACAUUUAGUAGUAUAAAUAAUAAUAGAACUACAAGUACACCUAUAAAUAUUACUUUAAAGCCAUCAACAUCAGAUAACAAAUCUGAACUACAAGCUAUAACCGCAACUUUUUCAGAAGUUACAACACAAUCUAAUUUUUUAACUUCAGGUACUACUCCUGGAUCUGUCUUGCAUACAACUGAACCAUCAGUUUCAACUUCUUCUGUAAGUGGUGAUAUGUCUUCUGCAAGUAGUAAUACAUAUUCUUCAAAAGAUAGCUCUAAACAUACAAUUAGUGUUGAGCCCCUAACUAGUAGUGCAACUCUUUUAACAAAUGAGUAUCAACUUUCACCUUCUGUAAAUAUAGUUGGACCUAAUGUACAUGGUACUACAUCCAUUUCUGUAAAUCAAUCUUCAUCUAAUACAAAUAGUUAUGCCAUUUCUCCUACAAUUGUAACUCCACCAUCUACAUAUGAUUCUACAUCUUAUUUAAAAAAUAAUGAUACUCAUUCUCCAACUAUUACUAACAAUUCUACAGAUACUGCAUUUCCUACAACCUCAUCUGAAAUUGAGCCUUCUCUUACCAGUAGCAUUACAUCUAUUCCACACAAAUCUACGCCUUCUAUUAUUGUACCUACUCCUACUAUUAGAACUGCACCUUCCGUGAAUGAUUCUACGUCUCCUUCAGAUGAUAUAACUACACCCCCUACUAUCACCGUUCAUCCCUUAACCGAUAAUACUACAUCUAUGACAAAUGGGUCUUCAUCUUCUCCUACGACAAUAUUUCCCCUUUCAACAAUGUCUUCUAUAGAUUCAAAUUCAUCUUCCUCAAGUAUUUCUAUAACUUCUAUGACUAAACCUAUAUUAAAUAGCGCAGUUGUAUCUACAAAUAAUUUAAUGUACACUGCAAAAGAUGACACUAUUCAUCCUACUAUUAGUAGUAUAUCUUCUACAGACAUUACUAGAUUUUCAUCCAUAUCUAAUAGUAAUUCUUAUACAACAUUACCUACAUCUUUAGAAUCUAUAAUUUUCAAUACAACUAAUAAUGCAACUAAAUCUCCUACAAAAAAUUAUAUUACAUCAUUAUUGGUAACAAGCAAUCCCAUAGCACAAAACUCGCAGAAUACACCUGCCUCUAUUAUACAGGAUAAGGUAAUUGCACCUUUAAAUAUGACUCAUAAUAGUGCAUUAAAAACUAAUGUAAAUGUAGAUUCUUCGAGUAUGACUGUUUCAAAUAAUUCUACUACACAAAACCCAUUGAAUAACAGUACUGAAGUUACACCUACAGUUAAUCCUACAGGAAAUAUAUUAAUAACAAUCGUUCCAGUAGGUAUAUUCAUUUUGGGAAUUAUUUUCUUUUUAAUUCUUCUCUGUAAAUACACUUUUAUUGGAUCCUGGUUUCGCAAUCGUAAAUCAAAGAAAAGAAAAGUAAGAAAAAAGAUGAAGAAAAUUUCAAAGGAACCGUUAUUAAUGUCUUUAAAUGAUAGAGAUAGUGAAACGAUAAAUAGUGGUAAAUAUUCGUUGUUGCACAACGAAAAACAAAUUCCAGUGUGUGAAAUUAGUUUUGAAAGUGAAAGAAAUUUAAAACAUAGGCAUAUGAAUAAAUCGAUGGAAUGUAAAGAAAUAUACAUGGAAAGUGGAGAAGAACGCGUACAUGAAGUUGUAGAAGAUGUAUCGAAGCACAAAAAUGAGUCUUUAAUAGAAGAAAAAAAAUUAAAUAAGGAUGAUACUAAAAAUGAAAUUGAAGAAGAUGAAUUGAAUGAAAACAGAUCUAGAGGUAAAAUUAAAAAAGAAAAAUUGAUUAAAAGUGGAUUAAAAAAAAACGAGGUUAGCGUUAUAGGGUAUAUCAGGAAUAAUACAUUAAAAGAGGAAGGAACAAAUGAAAUAAAUGUAGAAACUAAAAAAUCUACAUAUGAAAAGGAAAUUAAAAAUUCAGAGGAUAAAAUGUCAAUCAUGGGUGAAGUGUGUAAUUGUAAUACAUGGGCGGAUAAACAGGUUAUAGCAUUACUAGACUGUAAAAAAGAAGAAAGGGAAUUGAUUAUAAAUGAAUUUUUAAGAAUUUGCAUAGAAGUGUUUGAGAAAGACGAAAAAACUAUAUAUUUAGAAGAAGAUGGUAUUAAUUUAUUAAAGAAAGGAGAAGAAGAAAAUAGUACAGUUGUGACAGAAAAAAAUAGUAGUAUUCCAGAGAAAUGGAAAAAAGAAGAAUGGUUCAUUAAUUUAAAAAAGGAAUGGAAGAAUGAAGAAGAAAAACUUUUAGAAUAUUUAGAAGAACAAGAGGUUGAGAAAGUAGCAGUGGAAGGAAUAAGUAAUCUAAUGUUAGACAUAAAAAAAAAAGCAUGGAGGAAGUGGUUAGAAAAGCAAAGAGAACAUUCAAAUGAAUUUAAAAAGCAGGAUUGGUUUAUGAAGUUAUUGGAAGAAUAUGAAAAGGAUAGAAUUUAUAAAAAUAUAAUGGAAGAAAAAAUUGAAAAAAUAAGUGUAGAAAAACAAGAGAAAGAAAAAAAUGAUGAAAUAGAUAAAUAUGAAAUGAAGAAAAAUUUAACAAAAAAAAUGUUAAUAGAUAUAUAUAUGAUGAUAUUAGAGGAAUGUAAAAAGGAAGAACUGGAAAGAGAAAAAGAUGAAUUGUUUAAAACAAACACAGAAGAAUUAGGAAUAGAAGGAAAUUUAGAUGAGUUAGAAAAUAUAUUAAAAAAAAUAGAGGAAGAAAGAAGUUGGAAUUCUAUAUUAGAAAAAAAAAAAGAGGAUAUGGAAAAAUGGAAAAGAGAAAAAUGGUUUGUAGAGUUAAUGCUAGAAUGGAAAGGUAAUGAACAAAAAUAUAUAGAAGAAUUAAAUAAAAAAAUGUUGGAAGAAAAAAAUGAAGAAAGAAAAACAAAUAUUGCAUUAGAAAGGCAAUAUAUUAUAUGGAAAAAACACUGGGAAGAUAUGCGUAAAAAAUGGAUAGAAAAUGAUAAUAAAGAAGAAUGGUUUACAAAAUUGAUUGAUGAAAUUGAAAGUAAAGAUAAAGAAUAUGAAGAUGAAAUUAGUAAAAAGAAUAUUGAGAAAAAAAGAGAAAAUGAAAAAAAUAGGAAAAGUGGUGAAUCAAUAACAGUGAUUAAUAGAAAAGUAAAAGAAAAAGUGAAAAAAUUUGAAAAGACUCAUCUAGAAGAUACAGAUGAAAAUAUAAAUUCUAUAAUAAAGAAAAAAAAAUUAAAGUGGAAGACUAUAAUAGAAAUGCACAUGAUUGUAUUAGAGGAAUGUAAAAAAGAGGAGUGGAUGUUGAAUAGAGGAAAAUUUUUAGAAACCUGUUUAGAAGAAUUUAUAGACGAAGAUAAAGGAAAAUAUCCAAAAAUAAUGAAAAAUGAUUUAGUAACGAUGAGUAAUGGGGAAGAAGAGAUUAGUACAAUAAUGAUAGAGAAACAAAAACUUCUAUGGAAAAAAUGGGUAGAAAGAAAUAAAAGUAUGUUAAAGAAAUGGAAAAAAGAAGAAUGGUUUAUUAAUUUGAAAAAAGAAUGGAUACAAGAACAAGAAAAAUUUAAAAAAAUAACAAAUGAAUCAGAAAUUGAAGAUAUAGAAGUAGGAAAAAAUCCUAUGCUAGAGAAACAAAAAAAAAUAUGGAGACAAUGGCUAAAAAAACAAAGAGCGUGGUUUAUAGAGCAUAGUGAGGAGAAAUGGUUUAAUGAUUUAUUAGCCGAAUAUGAAAAAGAAGAAGAAUGUAAGGAAGGAAUAACUAAAAGAAAUAAGAGAAAAGUGAAUGGAAUUCAUGAAAAUAUAGAAGAGUUACAACAAGAAGGAAAUGAAGAAAUAGAGAAAUGUAGAAAAAGGAAAAAGUUAAUACAAAAUGUGUUGAUAGAAAUACACAUGAAGGUAAUAGAGGAGUGUAAAAAAGAAGAAGUGGAAAGAGAAAAGGAUGAAUUUUUUAAAACAAUUAUGAAAGAGUUAAGAAUACUAGAAAAUUUAGAUGAAGAAGUAAAUGUAUUAGAAAAAAUAGAGGAAGAAAGAAGUUGGAAUUCUAUAUUAGAAAAAAAAAAAGAGGAUAUGGAAAAAUGGAAAAGAGAAAAAUGGUUUGUGGAGUUAAUGUUAGAAUGGAAAGGUAAUGAACAAAAAUAUAUAGAAGAAUUAAAUAAAAAAAUUUCGGAAAAAAAAGAUGAAGAAAGAAAAACAAAUAUUGCAUUAGAAAGGCAAUAUAUUAUAUGGAAAAAACACUGGGAAGAUAUGCGUAAAAAAUGGAUAGAAAAUGAUAACAAAGAAGAAUGGUUUACAAAAUUGGUUGUUGAAAUUGAAAAUAAAGAGAAUGAAUAUAAAAGUGAAAUUACUAAAAAGAGUAUAGAUAAAAAAAGGGAAAAUGGAGAAAGAUUUAAUACAAUAGUAAAGAUUAAUAGAAAAGGAAAAGAAAAAGUUAAAAUAUAUGAAAAGACUCAUCUAGAAGAUACAGAUAAAAAUAUAAAUUCUAUAAUAAAGAAAAAAAAAUUAAAGUGGAAGACUAUAAUAGAAAUGCACAUGAUUGUAUUAGAGGAAUGUAAAAAAGAGGAGUGGAUGUUGAAUAGAGAAAAAUUUUUAGAAACCUGUUUAGAAGAAUUUAUAGACGAAGAUAAAGAAAAAUAUCCAAAAAUAAUAGAAAAUGAUUUGGCAAUGAUAAAAGAAGGGGAAGAUGACAUUAAUACAAUAAUGAUAGAGAAACAAAAACUUCUAUGGAAAAAAUGGGUAGAAAGAAAUAAAAGUAUGUUAAAGAAAUGGAAAAAAGAAGAAUGGUUUAUUAAUUUGAAAAAAGAAUGGAUACAAGAACAAGAAAAAUUUAAAGAAAUAACGAAUGAAUCAGAAAUUAAAGAUAUAGAAGUAGGAAAAAAUCCUAUGCUAGAGAAACAAAAAAAAAUAUGGAGACAAUGGCUAAAAAAACAAAGAGCGUGGUUUAUAGAACAUAAUGAGGAGAAAUGGCUUAAUGAUUUAUUAGCCGAAUAUGAAAAAGAAGAAGAAUGUAAGGAAGGAAUAACUAAAAGAAAUAAGAAAAAAGUGAAUGGAAUUCAUGAAAAUAUAGAAGAGUUACAACAAGAAGGAAAUGAAGAAAUAGAGAAAUGUAGUAAAAAGAAAAAGUUGACACAAAAAGUGUUGAUAGAAAUACAUAUGAUGGUACUAGAGGAAUGUAAAAAUGUGGAAUGGGAAAAAGAAAAGGAUGAAUUUUUUAAAACGAUUAUGAAAGGGUUAAGAAUGCAAGAAAAUUUUGAUGAAGAAGCAAAUAUAUUGGAAAAUAUAGGAGAGGAAUGA